AUGCCUUUAAUAAAAAAAAAAAGAGGAAUUCUUGAUGAUGUAAAUAUAAAAAUAUCUCCUGAUAUUAAUAAGAUAAUGAAAAAUUCAGUUGUAGGACCAGCAAUUGAAAAAAAUAUAGGUCAAUGUAUGAGAGAUAAAAAAAUUGGUGAAAAGAAGAAAGAAAGAAAACUUAAUCGUGAAGAAACAGCAGGAAAAGGGUGGUUUGACAUGAAAUCACCUGAAAUGACGGAUGAAAUUCGUCGAGAUCUUGAAGUGAUACAAAUGCGUGGUGCUAUAGACCCAAAAGCACAUUAUAAAAAGAAUGCCUCUAAGGAAUUACCAAAACAUUUUCAGAUUGGUACUGUAAUUGAAACGAAAGCCGACUUUUACUCAAGUAGAUUAACUAAUAAAGAAAGGAAAAGAACAAUUGUUGAUGAGUUGUUGGCAGAAUAUGAUAAGAAAAAAAAAUCUUAG